AUGUCUAUGGACGCCAAAGAAAUCGAGCUCCGGGCCAAGGCCAUGACCAAGGCCGCCUCCUCCAACGAACCUCCCUCUACCAUCAUACCUCUGCUCAAGCAGCUGCAACAAGGGGUGAAAGCCACCGAGGACCUGCUGCGAUCCACCCGUGUCGGUAUCGCCGUCAACAAACUCAAACAACACAAAUCUCCCGAAGUCGCCCGUCUCGCGAGCGAAAUCGUCUCCAAGUGGCGCCAUGAAGUGAACAAGCAAAAGGCCGGGGCCUCCCCCGGCGCCAGCCAACGGUCGAGCAGCUCUCCCCAUCCGAAAACCAACGGCACCCCCUCCGGCGGUGCGACUCCCUCCGAUAAGGCCUCGAAGCUCUCAGUGCCUCCCGACAAGCGUACCUGGAAGGCCGAUGGCGUGGACACCAACCAGACCGGCAACAGAAUUCGCGAUAGCUGCAUCGGCUUGAUGUACGAUGGGCUGUGUCUCAACUCGGUUGAACCCCCACGCACAGUUCUGUCCAAGGCGUCGGCCGUCGAAGCGGCGGCCUUUAGCGACCUCGGACCGGAAACGAAGGAACAAUACCGCACGAAGAUCCGCAGUCUCUACCAGAACCUGAAGAACAAAUCGAACCCAUCACUGCGCGUGCGGGUCCUCAACGGCGACGUGACGCCGGAGCGGUUCGUCCGGAUGUCGCACGACGAGCUCCGGUCGGAGGAACAGCAGGAACGCGACCGCAGAAUUCAAAAGGAAAACAUGGACAAGGCGAUGGUGGCACAGGCGGAGCGGAGUAUCAGUACAAGCUUGCAAUGCGGCAAGUGUGGACAGCGCAAGGUGACAUAUACAGAAGCGCAGACGCGCAGUGCAGAUGAACCGAUGACAUUGUUUUGUACGUGUAUGAACUGCGGCAAGUCAUGGAAGCAGUGA